CGAGUUUUCAAUAAUUAAUAUUCAAAAUGGCGAUGGAAACAGUGCCAAGAGAACUUCGUGGUUUAAGAGCAUGUUUGUUGUGUUCUCUGAUCAAGACGUCGGACCAGUUUGAAUAUGAUGGCUGCGACAACUGCGAGAAAUUUCUACGUUUGAAGGGCAAUAAAGAUAACAUAAGCAACUGUACAAGUUCUAAUUUUGAUGGAAUAAUAUCAUUGAUAAGCGGUGAUGACAGCUGGGUUGCAAGAUGGCAGCGAAUAGAUAACAUGGUACCAGGAUGCUAUGCUGUAUCUGUAACAGGAAAACUACCAAUGCAUAUUAUAAGAGAACUAAAAGCAAGAGGGGUUGAUCAUAUUCCAAGAGAUCGUUCACAGCAGUUGUAAUACUCAUGAGAAACAUUUCAUGUGUUAAAACAGUUGAUAUGGCUGUCAGUAUCCCCCAAUAUUAAAAGAAAAGAAACUUCAAGUUCUGGUAUCCAUCUUAAAUAACCUUUACAAUGAGAUGGAGAAGAAUGAAAUUGUAUGACUAUGCUAAGCAGUAUUUCCUGUAUGUUAUGUAAGUAGUAUUGUUUUCAAAUAUUGUAAAACUAUGCAGUUUGGUUCGUAUGAAUCUGUGUUAUAAAGACUGGA